GCAGGGAAUGGUGAGUCCAUAGUGAGGUUCAGGAAGCAGGUAAAUACCUGGAGUUAUUCCAGUCAAAUCCACGGCUCAAAGUUCUCAAAUUUCCCAAGAAGGCAGUGAUAGAGGCCACAAACCAGGAUUUAUCGCUCAAGCAACCAAAAAUUCUGCAGCCCAGUAGGAGUCAGCUACGCGCACAAGACUUGCAGGAAACCCACUCACCCUCCUAUUUCCUUCUACAAAGCUGAAAAAGCUGCAAUUGGGAGGGGACCCUCAGAUAGCUCUGGUGGUCCUUUCUGUUCCUUUUGGAGUUGACAUUUGAAUGUGUUGGAGGAGAAAAAUAAUCAUCAUAUACUCUCCUUUCAUACUCCUUAAAUCACAGGAAAAAGCAGCUUUAAGAAAAAGACUGAACCAAAAUGACAACUGCUCAAUUUGAUUGUCAAUACUGCACAGCAUCACUUCUUGGGAAGAAGUAUGUACUAAAGAAUGACAAUCCAUAUUGUGUCUCAUGUUACGAUCGUAUCUUUUCUAACUAUUGUAAAGAGUGCAAAGAACCAAUCGAAUCAGAUUCCAAGGAUCUUUGUUACAAAGGCCGAAACUGGCAUGAAGCAUGCUUCAAUUGCGCCAAAUGCAAUCACUCUCUGGUGGAAAAGCCUUUUGCUGCCAAGGAUGACCGUCUGCUGUGCUCAGAGUGCUAUUCUAACGAGUGCUCCUCCAAGUGCUUCCACUGCAAGAAGACCAUCAUGCCUGGUUCCCGCAAAAUGGAAUUUAAGGGAAACUACUGGCAUGAAACCUGUUUUGUGUGUGAGCAUUGCCGACAGCCAAUAGGAACUAAGCCUUUGAUUUCCAAAGAGAGUGGCAAUUACUGUGUGCCAUGUUUUGAGAAAGCGUUUGCUCACUACUGCAGCUUUUGUAAGAAGGUGAUAACUUCAGGUGGGAUAACGUUUCGUGACCAACCGUGGCAUAGAGAGUGUUUUCUGUGCAGUGGCUGUAGGAAAGAGCUCUGUGAAGAAGAGUUUAUGUCCAGAGAUGAUUAUCCAUUCUGUUUGGACUGCUACAACCAUCUUUAUGCCAAAAAGUGUGCAGCCUGCACCAAACCCAUUACUGGUCUCAGAGGUGCCAAGUUUAUCUGUUUUCAAGACCGCCAGUGGCACAGUGAAUGCUUUAACUGUGGGAAGUGCUCGGUCUCCUUGGUGGGGGAAGGCUUCUUGACCCAGAACAAGGAAAUCUUGUGCCGCAAAUGUGGCUCUGGAUUGGACACUGACAUCUAGACGGAGGCAAUCUUUCUUCACCUGAAGUCCACCUUGCUUGUGUUCUCACUAAAUCCAGAAUGUGCUUGAAGUAGUAUUUCUGACUUACAUUUUAGCAAAUAUUAAUGUAGAGUUUAUAGCAGAAGGAAUUUUGCACACAUUCUGAUUGAACUAUA